AUGACGUUGAAUCUCCUUGGGCCUGCUCCCCUUCUUGGGCUCCGCCGCCAGAACCAGUCCUUUUCACUCGCUGCUUUUUUCCAGAAAUACGUGUUUCGCCUGGGUGCUACCGCCCUGGCGGGGCUUUUCCCUGCGCUUCUGGCUUCCCAGAUCUACUCCAUUGGUAAUACCAAAAAGGUCGCUGCUCACUCGUGUGCUGCUGACGAUCUUGAACUCUCUUUGGGUAACGACCAGAUCGAACUAUUUGAUAACUACCUUGCUCCUGCCAAACAACCUGAAUUUGGGUUUCCUGGCCAAGUUCCGGGCCCGGUCCCGGGCCCCGGUCCUGUAGACUUGGACGAACCGCUUCCUUGGGGCUUUGAUUUCCCUACCGUCAACGACUUUGCGUCCACUCCAUCGCUUUCCUCGUCCUACCAGACCUCCAUCCUGAGCUACCCUGAACUGGACUUUGAUUCUCGCCAGUAUGACGCUCCCAAGUCCCAUUUUGCGCUUAACAUGAUUGGCGUCAACCAGCCCCAGGCUUUCUUUGACUUUAAGCGUUCUCCAAGAUCUACUGAUUCCCCAAUGACUGGCUCUACUAGUGAAUCUCUGGUUUCUUUCAUGGAUGAGCUUUUCUUUAAGAAUGGUCCUAUGCAAACAACAAACUUUGCGUCUGGUUAUGUUGAACUGCCUCCUUUGGCUCCACCUGCUCCUGCUGUUGCCAAGAAGAGAAAGGUUUCUGAAUCUCCAGACUUCUUUGACGACGAGGCUUUUAAGAAAGUCAAGGUUGAGCAUGAACCUCACCAUGUUGAACACGAAGACAACCGUAAGAACAGCGAGGCCAGACACGUCUGCCCAGACUGUAACGCUUCUUUCAAAGUCAAGUCCUACUUAACUAGACACGCCAGAAAGCACACCAACGCUAUGGCCUUCAUGUGUCCCUUCCACGACAUCUCUACCGUGGACAACUUUGGCAACGUCAUCAAGCUGGCUACCAAGUGUCACCCUACUGGCGGUUUCUCCCGUAGAGACACCUACAAGACCCACUUGAAGGCCUUGCACUUCAUCUACCCUCCUGGCACAAAAUCAAGUGCCAGAAACAGCACAGGCGGUCGUUGUGCGGGAUGCUUUGAGUAUUUCGAGAGCAACGCCAGAUGGUUGAAGUACCACAUUGAGUGUGACCAAUGCAAAGGCUUGCAAGAGCACGGCAGAAGCGUCAAGGGCAACGGCUGCAAGAACACCAACAACCACAACCAUAACCACAACCACAGACACUCACACGCCGAAGUCAAGGCAGAGUGCUACGACUAG